CGCGUGCGCAACCCCCGAUUCUUCCAGGCUGGAGCUUCUGCAGCUCACGCUCCUCCUCCCGCUCCCCACCCCCCAGCCAGCCGCGGCCCGGUACCAGCGUGUGGUCCCGCGAGGGGAGCGGUCGGUACCUCGUGCUCACGAGACGGCCGUGGUCCGCGCUCGUGGCGCGUGGCACUGGCCAUGGCGAUGGAUCAAGUGAACGCGUUGUGUGAGCAGCUGGUGAAAGCGGUGACGGUCAUGAUGGACCCCAGCUCCACCCAGCGCUAUCGGCUGGAAGCCCUCAAGUUUUGUGAAGAGUUUAAAGAAAAGUGCCCUAUCUGUGUCCCCUGUGGCUUGAGGUUGGCUGAGAAAACACAAAUUGCCAUCGUCAGACAUUUUGGCCUUCAAAUCCUGGAACACGUUGUCAAGUUUCGGUGGAACAGCAUGUCUCGAUUGGAGAAGGUCUAUCUGAAGAACAGUGUCAUGGAGCUGAUUGCAAAUGGAACACUGAAUAUUUUGGAAGAAGAGAACCAUAUUAAGGAUGUUUUGUCUCGAAUUGUAGUAGAAAUGAUCAAGCGGGAGUGGCCACAGCACUGGCCUGAUAUGCUAAUAGAACUGGACACCCUUUCCAAACAAGGGGAAACACAGACAGAGUUAGUGAUGUUUAUCCUUCUACGACUGGCAGAGGAUGUAGUGACCUUUCAGACACUACCCCCUCAAAGAAGAAGGGAUAUCCAGCAAACAUUAACCCAGAACAUGGAAAAGAUCUUCAGUUUUCUACUUAACACGCUUCAAGAAAAUGUAAACAAGUACCGACAAGUGAAGACAGAUAAUUCUCAGGAGUCAAAGGCCCAAGCAAACUGUCGAGUAGGAGUCGCAGCGCUGAAUACUCUAGCAGGCUACAUUGACUGGGUGUCCAUGAGUCAUAUCACUGCUGAAAACUGUAAGCUUUUAGAGAUGCUUUGCCUGCUUCUGAAUGAACAGGAACUUCAGUUGGGAGCAGCUGAGUGUCUUCUCAUUGCAGUCAGCAGAAAAGUAAGUUACCACUUCAAACUGACUUUUAUCCUCAGAGUCUCUACGGGGUAUGUAUGUGUGUCUAAUUGUACGUUGUGGCAGAAAGACAUUGGAAAGUUUGGGAUUUAUUUUUACCUGACACCAAUUUAAUUAUCUGCCUCCAACCUCUUUGGACUGUAGUUUGCCUGUAUUCUAGGGAUCCAUUGGCAGCAUAUACAGAGAUGUGUUGGACUACCUUAUUUUUGAAAUCUCUAUGAAUCUUGGCACUUCACACUGAAGAAACAAGAUGAAAGUAAUACUAAAAUUUGGGACCCCUGGGUGGCUCAGUUGUUAUGCAUCUGCCUUUG